AUGCCCGGCUUAAAUGCUUCUUUUACCUUAACUAAUAUAUCUUUACAAAAGGAAUGUAUUCAAUGUCCCGCUGGAAUGCCUGGUCCUGUUGGUCUGCCUGGAUUUGUUAAAUUAAAUGCAAGUAGAGGAUUGCCUGGAGAUGUAGGUGUGUGUGUGUUUGAAAAUAUAUUUUGGAUUUCUUUAACUUUAAAUUUUAUUAAGGACCGCCAGGCCCAGUCGGACAAAUAGGUCCACAAGGACCUAAAGAUUUCCCUGGCAUUCAAGGGCCGCCUGGAAAGAAAGGGCCAAUAGGCGAGCCAGGCACAGACGGUCAUUAUUGUUCUUGCAACUCUUGGAGGAAAAAAGUA